CUGAUUCCAGCAGAACGGGGAACCAAUCACAGUCGUCUGGUGACGGAAUCGACCAAUCACAGGUUUUCGGGAUUUAUUUGAACGCUCAUAUACAUUUUUCUAACCAAGUGAAAUCGAAAGCAAAGUGCUUCCUGACGAGACGCCAUUUCACCGAUACACACAAAAGUUUUUAAGAAGUGAAUCAGUGAAGGAAUAUGGCGUCUGUGAAAGAGAUGCUUAAGAAAUCACUGGAUGAACUGGGAUCAGCUGAGCUGAAGACGUUUCAGUGGCACUUGCUGAAUGAUCAUGAGUGUAUUUCAAAAUGUGACAUGGAGAACGCAGAUAGAUUAAAAACAGUGGACAUAAUGGUGGCGUGUUUUAGAUCAGAAGAAGCUGUGAAGAUCGCAGUGAACAUCCUGAGGAAGAUGAACCAGAACCUUCUGGCUGAAAAGUUAGAGAAAAAACACAAGGAAGGGUCUACAUCAUAUCCUGUGGGAAACAACAGUGAUGCACGCACAACCAGGUUCUCUAACCUCAAGAGCGUCUCCACUGCAACUGAGAAAGACAAGCUGUGUCUGAAUACUGUGGAAGAAAAAGCUACAUUUUUUGAUGACAAUUGGUCAAAGCUCAUUCAGAGAGUUAAAAAUGUUAAGACCAUUGCAGAUAGACUGCGUCAGCAGAAAAUAAUUCAGCCAGAACAAUAUUCAGAAAUCACACAGGAUAGUUUAACCAGUGAGAAGAGCAUGAGAAAGAUCUGUGAGAUUAUAGAUAACCACAAUAAUGCUGUGAAAGCUAAAUUCAUCUCAAUUCUUCAGGAAGAGGAGCGUUGCCUUUUAGAAAACUGGUCUGAUUAAACACCAUGAGCUCAAUUUAAAGAUUUUUUUUUUCUUUUUCUUACAUCUACCACUGUAUAAAUGACGUCACACUUUUCAUUCCAUUGACUUACAUUCAUACGCACAUGAAUGCAUGAGACUGCAAAUGCGAGAUCAUGUCAAUUCGGUUCUCAAUACUGUAUGUGUUCUUGUGUUCUUUGUGAAUCGUCAUCAGUCGCUGCCCAAGUACUGUUCCCAAUCAAAGGUCACAUGAAGUACAGUUCAAAUCCUCCAGAUGUGAAUGCAUCAGAUGGUGUCAUGCAGACUUGACUCAGUUAAGUAUCCCACAAUGCAUCUCACACCAACCAGUGAGCCGUGAUCCCUGCACCCUGUUGCUGCCAGUCAUGUGACAUGUUAUUUAAAUUAGAUUUUAUUUUAAUUUUAAGGAUUUGUUCAAAAUUAAGCCAGUCAUUUGACCAAUUUAUCAUCAAACGGGUUUGUUAUUGUAUUAAUUACAGAUUAUUUUUGUAAUUUUACUUACAUUUGUAUGUCUUUUAAGAAAACAGAAAAAUACUGUAUGAAAAUAAAAAUGUGAAUUACUGUCAUUAACUUGUCAUUCAUU